UGUAGAGACGGAAGCUACCACAGCCGAGGUGUCGUAAUGAAUCGCAGGCGGAAUGCGCUUAUUGGAUUUUGCCUUCUUGCCAUAGCCGCCAUUGAAAUUCGGAAUCUCUACGAUUCAUUUCGUGGUAGUAGGGGUACAGAAAAGCAGAAACCUGAUUUAGAGGUUUUGGAGGAAAAAGACCAGAGUAGAGUCCAGCCUAACGUCAUGCUAGAUGUAGAAAAUCAAAAUCAAGAGACAAAGAUAGAGAAAGCCUCCGAGCCACAGAAGACAAAAACCGUUUUGUUUUGGAACUGGAACUGGACGCCAGAUAUUGGUGAACCUCUAGACACCGUUUUGGAGCGAUCAAAAUGUCCUCAUCACCACCUCUGCAAGCUAACAAAAGACAAACGUUUGGUCCAUAAUAGCGACGCCUUGAUAUUUCACAGAUCGUUAGGAGAAAAGCCCCCAUUUAGUCUCCGUCGACCAGAACAAAGAUGGAUUUGGAUUGAAGGUGAACCCCCCUGUUUUGGUGCCAUGCCUGAUACCGGGGAACCCUACAACUGGACAAUGACCUACAGGCUAGACUCUGAUUUAUACGGACCCUACGCCCAAAUAUUUCGUCGGGAGAAACCGCUGAAGAAAGACUACAUGUCAAUUGUCAAAGCAAAAACGGGCUUGGUCGCCUGGAUGGUGUCUAACUGCCCAACCCCUUCGCGUCGUAUGGAUUAUGUGCGGGAAUUACAAAAGUACAUUGACAUUGAUAUCUAUGGAAGCUGUGGACCGGGAAAAGUCAAAUGCCCGAAAGAACCCGGAAAGAUUAUGGGCUACGAAGAGCAAUGUUUGAGAAAAUUGGAAAGUUAUAAAUUCUACUUGUCCUUUGAGAACAGCCUUGCAGUUGAUUAUGUUACAGAAAAGUUCUUUAAGACGGUCAACAUUGACGUAGUGGCUGUGGUGCGUUCCGGGGCCAACAUGACUCGCCUUGGGUUCCACAAAGAUUGGUACAUUAACACUGCGGAUUUCUCCAGUCCAAAGGAACUUGCUGAUUAUCUUAAAAAACUAGAUGCUAACGACGCGUUAUACGUGAAAUACUUGGAGUGGAAGAACUAUUAUUAUAGUGCUAUGUCUACAACACUGUGCAAUCUUUGCGAGCGGCUUCUUUACCACGACGACCCUCCUAAGACAUAUACCAAAGAUGACAUUCGUCAAUUUUUCUACACUGAUGCAUGUUUUAAACCAAAUGACAUAGUACGUGAUUAA